UUGCGAUAAUAUUAACUCACGUUGGUGAAUAAACUUUUCCAUUAUUCAGUUUACUCUGGUAUCAGAAUCAUGGAGUUUAUUAUUUACUGCUAUCUUUUUUUGGUUCCGAUUGGACUCUCAGCAGCAUAUGAUCCAGAUCAGAAACCGAUCUUGAGACAGUUUAAAAAUACGAUUGGCAUAGACGAUUUUAAGAUUCCGGACAAUACGAUAUUGUCUGGUAAGAGAUCUAACCUUCGAUUAGCUGAAAGCUACACGGGAUAUGACUGGAUCAAGUUUUUCAAGAAUAUAAAGGAAACCAAUAAAAUGAGACUGGACUAUACAGUGCAGUAUGGAGAGGACUCUUUUACAGGUAAAAACUGGAUAAAACUAUUUGAUGAUUCUGUGCUACUUUGUGAUACAUCUGAGGACACACAAGAUGCCAGUAUUAUUAGUCUCGUACGAAUGCUUCUUGGUAUACCCGAUGGAUGUCCAGUAAAAAAAGGUAAGAAAAAUACUGAAGACAUUCACUUCCCUCUGGAGGACGAGGAAAUUAUCUGGAAUGUUGACACCCGAGGGAAGGAGAUCAGAAUAUUGACCAACUUGUGGACUGAUGAUAACAAACCCCCACAAAGAGUUUUUACAGCAGAUUUUUACAUUCAAGAAAAGCCCAAUGGAUUUGCGCCAAUAGACGAAUCUGAUGAGUAACGCUCAUAUCGAAUCAUGUACAUCCUACGAUCUCUUCUGUCCUCUGUUAACAACAUGAUUUUUCUCCAGGAAAAAUGGUUGAAGAGAUUCAUGUAUGUCUCGCAAAAGGUGAUAAUAUACAAAGUGGACCAUAAUGGGAAAUUCCACUAAAUUACA